GCGCUCAUUCAAUCGGUUGUAUCCAGUCUCAUGCCAAUGGCUCUCCGCUUUACUCUUUUUCUUGCUGUAGCAUGCACCAUGGCAAUGUUUAUGGCAUCUGCUCGUCCUGCUAAUAUCGGAGAAGAGGUUUACGACAUAACUCGGCAGAACCAGGAGGUAGCUGGCUUCGCUGAAGAUCAUCCUGUUAACACUGAAGAUGAUCAUGGGGAUCUAGCUCUCACCUUGAAUGAGAAUUGUGCCGGCAAGGGCAAGAGUUGUGCACCGUUCUAUAUUCCAAGGGGAGUACAGUGCUGUUCGGGGCUCCACUGCAUAGCAGUCCUCGGUGUUGGUGGAUGGUGUGCAUGAUUGACUCUAUGUUUCUUUGCCUACAUCGCAAAGGUUGUUAUAAUAAGGUUUCUAUUUCCUCCCUAGAAUGUCGUGAGGAAAGAUUGAUAGAAGAUCGUGGCUACCGACUAGUGCAUCUAUUAACAAUGUAGAGCUCCCUGAUGCCAUCG